AUGACAUCUCCGACCAGACCCGACACUAUCAGAGUCCUUGUCACCGGUUUCGGCCCCUUCCUCGACAUCAGUGCAAACCCCUCCUGGUCCAUCGCGUCCUCCCUUCCGAGAACCCUUUCCUCAACAACCGGCACUCCCAUCCAAUUAAUAAUCCCCGACACGCCUGUACCAGCAGCCUACCAUAAGCUCCUCAAAGAAUCCGCCACUCUAAUCUCGCAGCACUCCCCGCACAUAGUCCUGCACAUAGGCCUUGCGUUCGACAGAGAUUACUUCGCCGUCGAGCAGAGCGCGUUGAGAGAAGGAUACCACGAAUUUCCCGAUAUUGACCGUAAAGUCAUUACGCGUGUGGAGAAUAAGAAACUCUUCGGGAAAGGGCCGGCAUCGUUGGCGACUUCGCUUGAUCUAGAAUCGGCGGUCGAUGCAUGGCAGACGGCGUGCGCGCGGCUGUGGCUGCCGAGGAAAGGAGAGGGUGCGGCGCAGGGCAAGGGCAAGGGCGGCGGGAAGGGGAAGCAGGAGGGGAAGAAGGUGGAUGUGAGGUUGAGCGAUGAUGUGGGGACGUAUGUGUGUGGUCUGAUCUAUUAUUCGAGUUUGGCGGAGAUGCAGAAGAGGAUCGGGACGAGGGAUGUUGUCUUUAUGCACAUCCCGCUAUUGAAAGGGGAAGGAGAAGAGGGUAUUGGAGCGGAGGUUACGAAGGAGCUUGUGGUUGCUUUGGUGGAUGUUUGGGAGGCGAGGUCGUAG